CCUCCUUGUGCCCAGUGCUGGCCUGCCGUGCACAGUCCUGCCUUUGCCAGCAUCUCCGGGUCUGCUCAGCCCAACGAGUUUCACCAUCUCACCAGCAUUUCCUGUCCUGUCUGGAAGAGAUGCUGCUCUUAUCACCUCCACGUUUGCAGUCCCAGGCUCCUUUUUCUUGGGAGCCGCAGUGGGGAUUUAUUCCUUGUGGGAAGUGCAGCAGGGCCAGCUCUUCCAGGUCGCUCAUGACCCAUCCCUUGGCAUCGGGAAAAGCGAUACUGAGCUUGUAGAUGGAUCUGUCAUCAUCCCUGGCCUCCAGGCUCCAAAGCUGCUGUGAGGAUGGAGCUGAUACCGUCUCUCUGUGCUACACAAAGGAAGAUUUCCCUCUUGUUGCCUCUUUUCCUCGUGGGAAUCUUUUCCAACAUAGCAUCCUGCUUCUCUCUGCUUUGCUGUAAAUAUUUGUGUCCUAAACAGUGGUGAGAAGAGUCAUUUGGAAAACAAAUAUCCUUGUGUUGCGCCGCUCUCAGGAAUGAUCGUGGCUGGAGAACCAGCUGGCAGCACCGGAAGAGGAGCGGAGCCUUCGGUAUCGCCUCGCGAUGCAAUGUUUCAAAGCCUGGUGCUUUUCCUUCUGGUCCGACAGCUUCUGCCUCUGCGGUUGCAGCUGGAGCCCUUCGUUGCCCAGAGGAGCAGCCUUGUUUUGGUGAACUCAGUGGGAUCUCCCAGGAAUGAGUGCUUUUCCCCAGAGCUGGUGCUGGAAGGGGAAGUUGAGCAGCACAGAGCAGGAUCUGGGGGCACACGCAGACAGUCAGGGCAGCCGGCAGCAAAGGCCAAUUGUCUGCUUGGGUUUGAGGUGAGAGACUCUUUCUUAGGGAUGGGCUCUUCCCCCUGGAUGCAGGUUCUUUGGCUUCAUCCCAAAGCAGAACAGGACGUGUGGUGAAAACCCCACAUGGUUUUGGGGCGAUAAGGAAGCACAAUCCCACUUGCGCUGUUUGCGACCUCAUUCCUGUGCAUCCUGACCUCCCAGAGACGAUUGUCCUGUUGUGGUUGUCCCCUUCCACCGCCUGAGCAGGGAGGCCUGUGCUGCAGCAUCCUCGGGGAUGACUGCUUUGGGAACAUCCCUGGCUGGAUGGUGGCUCUGCUCUUUACCUCAGUGGUUUUCCAUUCCGAGGUGUGGAUACCUUCCUUUUCCUCUCUCCCAGUGGUUUCUUCUGAUGUCAACUCCUUUGUGCUUUCCCAGGCAAGAAAUGUUGCUCUUCCCUGCAGAGCCACCUCUUCGACUUUGACUGUCCACUUCUCCCGGGCGCUGCUGCCAAGGGAUCUGUGGGUCAGUGGAUGGGGCUGUUGGUGCGAAGUCACCCACUUGCAUUCUCAGCGUAAUUCCGGAGCAGCGGAUUCCUUGUUGACCCACAGGCCCAGCGCUGCACCCACCCAGUGGAUCCCCUUGGGGUGACCUACGGCGAGAGUUAAAAAUAAAGCCAGACUAAGCCUGCUCGCUAAGCUGUCUGCAGGAAACCCACGGAGUCUUUGCAGCCCGGCUAAGCCGGAGAAGAGCCAAACGGGGCGUACGAGGGGGUUUACCAGGCACAAAAGAGAUGCAACCACAUGUGAGAGCAGGAUAGGAGUUCCUGAGCUCCCUCUGACCUCCAGCGUGGCUCUGCCACUGAGUACUUGUGCAUGAAGGCCAGGUGAGAGAAUUCCAGCUGCACGAGGCAGUUUUUGCUUUGGACACAGCUGAAGUGGAGCUGAGAUCGCUGCUGCUCGCCUCCAAGGAAACCCAGGCUCGGUGGGAGCUGCUGCUGCUUCCCCGAGGCCGGAUGCUGCCACGGAGGGGAUAGGCACAAGCGCUGCUCCUUUUCUCCAUCCAGCUCCAGGCUGGGCGAGGAAGAACACUGUGGAUGGAAUCCCUGUGCCCUCCUGGCCAAGCUGCUCCCCCAGAUGGACACAUGUCCAGCUGCUCCUGUGGGGCAUCCCCCAUCCUCCUGCCUGGCGGGAUCCUUUUCGUGGUUAUACUUAUAAAUCAGCCUCUCCUGCUGUCUAAGCCGCAUCCCCUGCCUGCAGCAUAAUCCUGGGAUUUCUGACCCAGCCUGCAGUGACAGGAGGAACGUUAUUCCCUCUGUCUCCAUCACGGCCAUGUUGUGAAACCUGUUGUCCCGUCUCCCCUCAGCCUCCCCUGUUUUUCACUCUUUGCUCCGCAGUCUUCGUGUUUGCAGCCCCUUAUCUGAGUCGUCUUGUCUUCUUUGCCAUCCGGACGCCUUCCUUGGAGCUGUGUCCUCGCGGCGCUGCCCUCAGGAUGGGGACGGGCGCUUCCCCCCAUGGCCUGGUCCCCUUGCGAGGCAUUUGCUCCUUCUGCGGCUCUUCAGUCACGAUGGAAUGAUCUGUGGGCAUCCGCCGAUCUUCCGCUGUGGGGCUGUUGUGGGUGGGGAAUUGCACCGGCCGCGAGCAAGGGCUCCUCGCCCGGCAGCAUCGCAAGGGCUUCAACAUCAAUCCCAGGGCUCUGGGAUCCGUCUGAACCUUCUGCUGUCCUGACUGGGGAUCACAAACUGCUGUGCAACCAAAGGAAGGGAAAAGCCUCUGCCACAUCCCCACCAUGGGUGACAUGAAAACUCCGGAUUUCGAUGACCUCCUGGCAGCUUUUGAUAUUCCUGACAUCGAUACGAACGAGGCCAUCCACUCUGGCCACGAGGAAGCUGACACUCACAUCAAACAAGUCCCAGGGGAACCGGGACCCCCUGACCACGUCCUGCCCCACGCGGACAUCACCGCCGUCAGCGUGAUCGUGAAAAACACUGUCUGCCCUGAGCAGCUCGAUGCGUUGGACGGGCGCAGUAAGGAUGGCCAUGUCCUGGCACCCCGCCUGCUGCAGAACGGCUUCGGCGCCACCGAGAUGCCCAGAUCCCCCACCGCCAGGUCCGUGGAAGCCGUGGCGUCCUCCAACGGGGAAUGCUGGGUGAAAGAGAAAGGCCCCAAACCCCUGGAUAUCUUCUCCCCUUUUAGCCCCGAUCCCAACGAAGACAACGCUGCCAACCUGAUUGACAGACCGCGGGAAUGCAAACCGAAAGAGAAAUCCCUCGCCGUGCCCUCCCUCUCACCAUCUCCCACCCCGUCGCUGGACUGCAAGGAGCCCCUGGGGGAGAGCACGGAGAACCUGCCCCCGGCGUUUCCACCGUCCUUCGAAACAAGCCAGGCUGGGGGAGCAAAUGGGUCACCUCCUGCCAUCGCCUGCAUCAAGAAAGAGGAGUCUGACUCGGAGGAGGUGGGACGUGAAGCCAGCCCCAAGGGUUUGGCUGCAGCCUUGGGCGACAGCCCCUUGGAUCACCUGAAAUCUGUCACUGUGCGCUACUCCACAGAUGAUUCCCCCAUUGUGUCCUGGCCCGGUUCUGACCCAAACCUUGACAGCAGCGCCAGCAACAUGCCCGAGGUGAAGCGCUCGCCCACCAGCCCCCGGGAGCCGUUCUUCAAGCCCUCCUCACCGGUGGUGCAAAGCCCUCGGCUCCCUGCUUCGCCAAAGCCGCUGGACAACAUUGCCCUCAAGGAAGAGCAGGAAGUUCUGGAGAAGUCAAUGGGGAGCCCGCAGAGUAUGUCCAGCGCUGAGGAAGCCGAUGAGGAAGAAGACAACAACAACGAUUCACCUUCUUCCAAUUCCUCCCGGCCCCUGAAAGUGCGGAUUAAAACCAUCAAAACGUCCUGUGGCAGCAUCACCCGGACGGUGACCAGGGUCUCGUCGGAUUCAGAGCCAGGCUCCACGAAGGGCCCGGCCGAGCAGAGCUCUCAGGAGGCCACUCUCGAGACCGCCAGCUUCCCAGCAGCGGCAGAGAAAGAGGAAGGGAUCGCACUGGAGGUGCCUAAGGAGAAGAUGGAGCUCUCCAGCCCUCUGAAAACCAUUGAGGGGCCCAAAAUCGUCAGCGUUCAGCUUGGCAAUGGCACCAAGCUCAAAGGGACUGUCCUGCCCGUCUCCACCAUCCAGAACGCCAGCAGUGCCAUGCUGAUCGCUGCCAGUGUGGCUCAGCAAAAGUCCGUGGUGCUGCCAGCCAAGACGGGCAAAGCCGUGGCGAAGAACAUCAUCAACCUGGUGCCACAGACCCUGCCCAAAGCCGACACCAGGACCAACGUCAGCACGGUGACUCAGACCAGCACCAUCACCACCACGGCCAACCAGAAAGUCAACGGCACCACGGUUGUCAUGGUGCAGCCGCAGAAGCCAUCCCCGACUAUCGCAGGCACCGUCAUCUCCCGGAGCCAAUCCAGCCUCGUGGAAGCCUUUAACAAGAUCCUCAACAGCAAAAACCUUUUGCCGACGUACAAACCCAACCUGAACCCACCAGCUGACGCGAGCCUCGCGCUGCCGCCCUUCGGUUAUCGCUGCCUGGAGUGCGGAGACUCCUUCGCCCUGGAGAAGAGCCUGGCUCGCCACUACGACCGGCGCAGCAUGCGCAUCGAGGUGACCUGCAACCACUGCACCAAGCGCCUCGUCUUCUUCAACAAGUGCAGCUUGCUCUUGCACGCGCGGGAGCACAAGGACAAGGGGUUGGUGAUGCAGUGUUCCCACCUGGUCAUGAGACCCAUCGCUUUGGAUCAGAUGAUUGGACAGCCGGACAUCACCCCUCUGGUCUCGGUGACUUCCUUCCCCGCCAGCAAAGUGACCGGCGUGGCUCAGGACGCCUUGGUCACAGCCAACGGGGUGCAGGAGCUGCCAAUCCUGCCCCUCAGCACCAGCGCUGAGCAGAGCAACUACAGCUGCUUCCGUUGUCUGGAGUGCAAGGAGCAGUGCAAGGACAAAGCUGGGCUGGCUGCGCAUUUCCAGCAGGCGGUGACCACGGGGACGACCAGCAGCACGGUUUGCUCUACGUGUCCCAUGAUCAUGGCCAACCGCUGCAGCUUCAGCGCCCAUCAGCGAAUGCACAAGAACCGCCCGCCCCACGUCUGCCCGGAAUGCGGCGGCAAUUUCCUUCUGGCCAACUUCGAGGCCCACCUGAAGGAGGCCUGCCUGCACUUCUCCCGCAGAGUCGGGUACAGGUGCCCCAGCUGCGCUGUGGUCUUCGGUGGCGUCAACUCCAUCAAGUCCCACAUCCAGACGUCCCACUGCGAGGUGUUCCACAAGUGCCCCAUCUGCCCCAUGGCGUUCAAGUCGGCUCCCAGCGCCCACGCCCACGUCUACACGCAGCACCCCGGCUUCAGCAACCAGCAGUCCAAGAUGAUUUAUAAGUGUGCGAUGUGCGACACUGUCUUCACCCACAAACCGCUGCUUUCCUCCCACUUCGAUCAACAUCUGCUAAACCAGCGCGUCAGCGUCUUCAAGUGUCCCGACUGCCCACUGCUCUUUGCCCAGAAGCGCACCAUGCUGGAGCACCUCAAGAACACCCACCAGCCCCAGAAGCCCAAGGACGACGUGGUGAAGAAGGCGGCUGUCCUGCUGACGCCGAAGCAGGAGCCUGUGGAAACCCCAGUGUCCAAGAUCUCGGAGGAGUCGUCGUCCUCCACAGAGGAGGAUGAGCCCCCCAGCUCCCCGGAGCUGCGCAAGACCAAGCGGAGCCGCUUCCAGCGCAAGACAGUCAACAAGUCCAAGUGCAGCGGGUGGACGUGUGGCGUUUGCCACUCCUGGUUCCCAGAGCGCGAUGAAUACGUCUCCCACAUGAAGAAGGACCAUGGCAAGUCGGUGAAGAAGUUCCCGUGCCACCUGUGUGAGCGCUCGUUCUGCUCUGCUCCCAGCCUCCGGAGACACGUGCGAGUCAACCAUGAAGGGAUCAAGCGCGUCUAUCCCUGCCGGUACUGCACCGAGGGCAAACGGACCUUCAGCAGCCGGCUGAUCCUAGAGAAACACAUCCAAGUGCGACAUGGAAUCAAGGUGACUGACCAGACGAAGAGCCAGGAGGUCGUUAUCGCCCGGAUAGGGUCUGGCACUGGGCAGGUGUCCGGUCGGAAGCGGAAGCUGUCCUCGGAUGAGGGCGACUCGUGCAGUGAGGAGCCGGACAGCACCACCCCUCCCUCCAAAAACCCCAAGGGCGAACGCAAAGCUCCCUUCCGGUGCCGGAAAUGUGGAUACCUUGCCAGCAGCUCCGCUGAAUUCCAGGAGCACAUUCCCCAGCACCGGACUGACGAGAGCUCCCACCAGUGCCGGGAGUGUGGGCUCUGCUUCACCUCCCAGGUGUCCCUCAACCGCCACCGCUUUAUCACCCACAAGAAGAAGAAGGGAGCGGGCGAGGCUGAGGAGCCAGGGCCGCGGAGCCCGCUGGAAGGAGGCGCCCAGCAUGCAGCCGACGGAAAACUCUCCUGCAAGGUGUGCGGCCGCUGCUUCGACAGCCAACUCAACCUCAAGACGCACUUCCGCACGCACGGCAUGGCCUUUAUCCGCGCCAGGCAGAACGCGAGCCCCGAGAACUAGGGCUGCGUGGAGGGGACGAGACAUGUACAGAAGAGCACGGCGCCUCCCUGGGCUCCCCCUGCUCCCUCAUCCUGGGCAGCGUUUCCACACGGAUAAAGGAGCCAUGAAGAGGGAGGAGAGCCUGGCCUGCACAAUCUGCCCCGAUUCCGUGUGCCCGUGGGCUGCACCAGCUCGGCUGGUGUUACCUGGGGCUCAGCCCAGGUGGUUUUGGGGGCAGGAGCUGGGGAAGGUGCAGGAUUUGAGCUGCUUUAUUGUACAGAAAACGAGAGCGGCAUCUGGCCUCGCUGCCCGGCUCUCGGGACACAGAAUGGUUCUUUCACUGACCCUCCUCGGGCGCUGCUGCAGCCGCUCGUGUCCAUGUCCCUCCCCGGGACGAGGAUGGAGAACGGCACCUCCCGCCCCUGAGCCAUGGCUGCGCCACACCAUGGGUCUCUGGUUCCUCACACC